AUGGCGAAGGACCAGGCCAAGAGCCAGCUGUACAAUCGGCUGAUCAGCCGGAUCAAGUCGGCGGUCAGCAAGCAGGGCGGCUCUGAUCCGCACCUGAACAAGGACUUUGCCGACGUCCUCGACAUGUGCCGGAAGGCGAACAUGCCCAACACCACCAUCGACAAGGCGGUGAAGCGGGCGGUGGAGAAGCGCUACGUCGAGGUGAAGCUGGAGAUCAUCGGCCCGGAAAAUUCGCUGCUGGUCAUCGACGCCGAGGUGGACAACCGCAACUACUUCAAGAACGAGGUCCGCAAGGUGCUGAAGAAGUACGUCGGCUUCGGUUUCGCCAACGAGGGCCGGGCGCUGUCGCAGUUCAGCGAGAAGGGCGUCGUCCGGGUUCGAAAUACCGCCGGAACGCCGCUCACUGAGGCGGACCAGGAGGCGGCGGAGGAGGUGGCCAUCGAGGCGGACGCCGAGGAGGUCCGUCAGGCGGACGACGACGAGACGGUGCUGCUGUUCAUCGGCGAGCCGACCAGCUACACCAAGGUGAAGGCCUUCAUCGAGGCGAACUGCGCCGACCGGUACGUGGUGGUGGAGAACGGCGUCGAGCUGCUGCCCUACGUGCGCACCGAGCUCACCGAGGAGACCUUCAACACGGUGGCAGAGGCGCUGGGGCAGAUCGGCGAGCUGGAGGGCGUCAAUCGGGUGUACACCAACUUCUAG